UUUUUUCUCUGUAAAAAAAAGUUUGAAAAAAAAUUCUUUGAAAAUGAAAUUUAAUUAUUUACAAAAUUUUAUUGGUGUGAGUUUAACUGAAGAAGAGCUUAAUGACAUUUCUUAUCCUUAUACUGAACUCUGCACACAUGUUACUCUUAAAACUGUACAAAUUGGUGGAACACUUGGUACUUUCUUGUUUGGACCAAUUCUUGCUGCUGUUCGUAAACCAAAAUUAGGAUUGAUGAAUGCGAUGUUUAAGUCUGGGAAAGUUGGUGUUGUAUUAGGACUCAUAUCAGGUCCCCCCAUGACAUUUAUGAGAAUUAAAGAUGUUGAAACUUUGGAUCCUAUAACAGAUCGGUGUUAUCGUAUUAGAAAAAACAUGAAUCAGUUGCGUGUUGAUCGGAGUUAUUUUCUCGGAGGUGGAGUCGGAGCUUUUACAUCAGUUGCUAUAGCAUCAUCACCUGUAUUUGGAUUUUUGGCUGGUUCUUCAAUGGGUCUAAUUUCUGCAGGGUUGUAUAAUCAUCAACUUGCUUCUAAAUAAAAGAUGUAUUUUUUUUUGUCUUUUUAAAUUUCAAGUUCUCCUCAUGUAAAGCUUUGAGCCUACAGAGACUAUAGUGAUUGUGGAGGCUGUGCGAACUAAUAAUGUGGAGAGGAUUAUUUUAAUUAAAUAAACUUUUUUAAAUAUUUUUUAAUUAGUAUGUAAUUAAUUGUAAUUGAUUUGUAACAUUUUGAAAAUAAAUUUGAAAUAACUUUAUAAUACCAUAAUGUAAUAUUUACACACUUUAAUACAUAGAUCACAACUUUCUGUGA